CCGACUCACGUUUGACUGGGAGUGUCCACAGGCUUCACAGCAUUCCCAGCCCUUCAAGGCAAAAACGUACAGGAAGUUGUGCGCCCAUGCAGGCAGUCUGUGACUUUUCUUUGUUAGGAAGCAGGAAUCUGAACCACCAGGUAAUGUCGCAGCGAAGCCCUCCUACAACAAGCCCCCACUGUACUGCGCGUCACUCCUCCUCCCCGAGCGCAACCAAACAGCUUGCAAAUACAUUACAGGACGUCAGAUUUGGAAUAGACUGAAGGAGAGGUGGAAGUGAUGCAAUGUUUGUGUGCACCUGUAACCCCCCACCUCACUAAAGAGACGGAUCAACUUGGUAGUAGUACCGGAGUAGGACGCAGCGCCAGCCAUUGGGUGGAGCCGCAGCGUCACCAGUGCGCACGGCUUGGCUGCAGAUGCGGAUCGGUGUCAGUGCGAGGCGUUGGGGGAGACAUGGCAAGUAGGCGCAGGCGGUGCGCCUGGUGAGGACGCGGGGAGUAGGACGCCGCGGCACACAAACACGCAGCGCCGCGCGAGGAGGAGAAAGGCGGGGACGCAGCAAACCAUGGAGGACACCGAGCCCGCAGAGGACGGCGUGCUCGCGGGGCUGCGGUGGAACAGAGGCGCGCGAGACCAAACUCAGCUGAAACACAAAAUUCGGGAUCUGCCGGGGCUGCUGAAGCACGGACUGCACCUGCGGAAGAAGAGCCAAUCACCUGACACCAUCCCUGGACCAAGUACAGGACCGACGGUACACAAGUCGUGCUCCCAGAGCUUCCCAUGUGCUGGUCGAGCUGUGAGGAAUGCCUUCCUCUCUCAUGGACCAUAUCCGGCCAAAGACAAGAUCCAUCUAGCCAGAAUCAUCAGGCGCAGCUAUGUGGGAGUGGAGCUGGUGCAGUGGCUGUGCGAGCAGUGUGUCUGUGUGCGCUAUCGGACUGCUGCUGUGCGUGUCUGGCAGGUGCUGCUGGAGCUGGGAGUCCUGCUGUCUGUUGACCAGAGGGUGGUGUUUUCUGACUCCAACUCUUACUACCAGUUCAGUUUUGAGGAGUGUGACUCUCCUUCUUGUGAGUUUCGCCUAAAUGAGGCAGAGUGGCCAGAGGCUGUCAAACUUCUUCUACAACUUGCCCCCUAUGUCCAGUUCCGCUCAGGUGGCGGGACCAAUAGCCCGUCAGAGGAAGACUCUGAGGGUAACAGGGACAUCUGCAGUGAGAUUCUUCAGCUUAAAGCUCUGGAGAGGCUCACCUCCACGGUACAAAGCGAGUUGGCAGCUGCUCUUGCCAGAAAGACUCGUAAAGCUUUAUCAGAGCAGGACUCUGAGACAACAGAGGCACGUCAGCAGGAGUCGUGCACGCCCAGUGAAGAGAGCAGUCCGCUGGGUGGGGUGUGUUCGUUGCGGGACAGCGGCGACAGCAGCAGUGGCGGCAGUGGUGGUGGUAGUGGAGGAACGGGGUCUGUUUGCUGCCGCGAAGAACUCACCAGCCGACUGGGGCUGGAGGCGGUCCAGCGGCUGGCGAAGGAUGGCUGUCGGAUCCUGCAGAACCACAACUACCAGAUAUCUGACAGGAGUCAAGCGGAGGCGCUGGGGAGGGUUUGUCUUAAAGAGAGAGGACGAGACGUGUUGGUGUUGCAGCGGGUUACGUCUUCCCUGACGUCGCCAUCAGACCGGCCCUCACCCACGUCGUCAGGGGGCGGGCUCAGGCAAGACGACUCCAACAAGAGGUAUGUGGUGGUCUCAGGAACACCACUCAAGAUUCUGGAGCAUCUACUCAGCGACCUGCGACUCGAUGACCAAAGAGGGGCACAAGAGAACAGGGAGAGCGAAAUGCUGCUGGAUGACUUCCUGCUGACCUACCUGGUGUUUAUGUCCACUCAUGACCUCUGCCAGGCGCUGCUGGGACAUUAUGGCGGUGCCCGCUGCAGAGGCCAAGAGGAGGGCAAAGAUGCCCUCUUUAGGAAGCGCAAGGUACUGCAGUUGGUCUCCCACUGGAGUAGGCUUUAUAAGGACUUCCUGAAAGAAGAGGAGCACGUCAGAAGCUUUAUGAAGACUCUGUACAGGUGUGUUUUGGAGGAUCUUUAUGAGUUUCCCUCGCUGGAGAAAGAUCUGAAGGAGUUUCAAAAACUUUUACGCCGCAGACACACCGUGGAUGACUGCCCUCCAAACCAAAAGAGCAAACAAAUGCAUCAGCAGUUGAGUUUGAAAGAAAACUAUUUGCACCUUCGCACUCCCCAGACGGAGCAUAAAGAGGUCAUGUGUUGCGUAUAUGUGAGUGCCGAUUCCUACCUAAGUGUCCACACACACCCCUCAUUGGAGGCGCAUGAGCUGCUACGGAUUGUGGGGAUGAAGAUGGACAGAGCAGAGGAAGACAUGGUGCUUGCUGUUGUGUCGCACACUGGAGAGCGAAGGGUGCUGCAGCCAAGUGACUGUGUGUAUUCAGAGUCACUGACCCCAAAUGGGAAACUUGUGGCCUGUCGCAGGGAUCUCAAUGAAGUUUUGCCUCCUUUAGCCGACAGUGCUGAGUUAAACAAGAGGCCGGUUCGACUCUUGGGCAUCAACACCUGGGACGUGGCAACGGCGCUCACACAUCUGGACUGGACGCUCUUCAAAUCCAUCCAUGAGCAGGAGCUGGUGUACUACACUCUCAGCCGCCCUCCUGGCAGCGGCCACACAGCGGCGCUCUCUUUACUGCUGCAGCGCUGCAACGAGGUCCAGCAGUGGGUCAUGUCUGAGGUGCUCAUGUGCGUGUCCCUCAACAAGAGAGUCCAGCUGCUCAAGAAGUUCAUCAAGAUCGCCGCCCACUGUAAAGCCCAAAGAAAUCUGAAUUCUGCAUUUGCCAUCAUCAUGGGUCUCAACACGGCCGCUGUCAGCAGACUAAACCAAACAUGGGAGAAAUGUCCCGGCAAGUUCAAGAAGCUUUUUUCUGAGUUGGAGCUCAUCACAGAUCCAUCUCUUAACCACAAAGCGUACAGAGAGGCCUUCAAAAGGAUGAAACCUCCUAAGAUCCCCUUUAUGCCUCUUCUUCUGAAAGAUAUCACGUUUAUCCACGAGGGAAACAAGACCUUCCAUGACAACCUGGUCAACUUUGAAAAACUGCACAUGAUUGCAGACACAGUGAGAAAUAUUCGCCACUGCCAAAGUGAUCAAGCAGGUAACGAGGUGAUUGGAGUGGACAGUGCAGAUGUGCGAGCGAGCGUGCACUGUCUGCACAUCAUCGACAAUCAGCAGACGCUCUUCAAACUGUCGCACAAGCUGGAGCCGCGCGCCUAAACGCGCUCACGCACGGGCGCACCAGUUGCGCCAGCAGGUGUGACGUUUUUCAGCAAACAAUCAAAACACUGGCAAGAUCAGCCUACAGUGACAGUAGAGGGCGCUCUGACCAAGGCCAUGAAGAGUCUCACAGUGAAAAUGUGCUUGUAAAGGAUUGGUGGUGUGAAGCCGGUGAGCUUUCUACAGACCUGUGGAGGAAGAUGAAGAUUUGCCAAACUGAACCUGAGGAGGCUUUGCUUUUUCUUUUCUUUUUUGGUACAGUACCUGUCAAACCAAGUGUAGACUUAUUUUUUGUUCUUGUAAAAAUAGAUUUGUUAUUUAUUGACUUGUUGAUCGGUAUGUUUCUUUAUUUUUGCCAACAAAGACUUAAUCAUUUCUACAUAAUUUCAGUGGUAACUUUUCCUGAGAAGCUUUUGUUUUAGAGCCUUGCAGAAAAAUCUCUGCAGCCACACGAUCAACAACCCUUUGUUAAUGGAACAGUUUGCUGAGUGAUCCAUGUUGACCCUUUUAAAGCUCUCCUGCUCGACCUUUGGCCAAAUACUCUCUAUCCACGAUUCUCUACGAUGUCUUAAUGUGAAUAGAUGCUGAGAGACGAGGAUUGUACAGUUUUCAGUGCCAAAUGUCACGUUGACUUCCUCAGCACAGCUGUGUUUUUCUACGGCUACUCUUUUUUUUUCAUAGGAAUCGUCACGUACGACUUCUUGGAAUAAGCACUGCAAUGACGUCUACUCGUCCAUCCGAUUCUCCGCUCGAUUGUAUGCCAUGUGUGGUUGCUAUGGAAACACAACCUCUGUAAAAAGCAGCUUCUGUUUUGUUUUUUGUGUGUCCUUGAAAUGUUUUGUUGGUGUAACGGAGUUCAUUCGAUACACAUUAAUAGCAGCUUUGUUCCACAAAGUUUGUGUGUAGAUUUAAAAUAUAUGCUGACUGAAAAAAAAAAUAGAUUUCUAGAAACUGUGAGACCCCAUUCAGAAUAGGACUGGAAAAAGGAAGGACAACAACACAGUCCUGUUUCCUGUAUGAGCCAUUAUUCCUUAACCACUCCUCAUCUGUGCAUCAUUGUCAUUAGUUACCACAUUUCUGCUAAUAUCUUCUAAAAUCUUUGUCCAUAACCACCUAUAGCUGAUGGUAAAGCCCAAUAUCUGUCUGAAAUAAUAAUUUAAUCAUUUUGACAAAUGUGGGGAUCAUUCUGGAAAUCAGAAAAGGUUGUUAUAAAUACAUUUUCAGCCAAACAUUGUAAAGUUUUUUACAAUUUUAGCUAAUAAUUUGUGUUUGGUUUCCUACUCUCAUUACCAAUGUGUUUCUCUGCCGCUACUUUUUGUUUUUCCGAUGCGUAUGGGGCGGUUUUUGGGAUAAAGUGCAAUGUUUUAAACAGAAGACCUGCUUCAAGGAAGUGUCGUUGAUUUACAUUAAGCAAAAUAAAAAGCUAAAGUUCAAAUUUACUUUUGCACUCCCAGGCAUUGUUUAACCUUUAAAAAGUCCCUUUAAUAUUUCAUAAAAGUAAAAAGUCCAAAACUGAAGAGGUUUUUGAGGGAUAUCGCUCAAGUAUUCUGACAUUUUUCCUCCUUAAGCAUUGGAACGGAAUGCAUUGAACAUAAAUGUAAAGUAAAUUUUUCUGUUUUAUGGGAAAUCAUGAUUUAUUUGCUCCUCAUACGGUGUAAAGCCACAUCAGUGGUGAUAUUUAGAGCUAUCAUUUGUUCCUAAAUGACUGUACAUGAUGUGCAAACACAAAUGGCAUCAUUUUUAAAGAAUGAACUAGUUGUUUUGAUAGUUAGAUAUUGAAAUUAUUUUUUUGGUGACAAAUGUCUUGUUUAGUGCCAUGUUUGAAGAAGAUUCAGCAGAUGUGGAGGUGUUGUUGUGUUUCAUGGCCACUUGAGGACAACAGAAGAGCGAUGGAGUGUGACCAUAUUCUAGUUUGGAAGUCGGAGGAAAACUGCACUUUGUUUCUUUUCUUUUUUCUUUUUUAAACAUUUUGUGUAAAAUUUUUUGCAUGACUAGACAAAAAGGUCACAAUAGGAGAAAGGACACACGUUGAAAGCGUUGUAAUAUUGUUGUGUAAAUAUAUGCUCAUGUUUAGUUUGUUGUAAUUCAUCUGUUAAUGAAAAUGCGGUCACACACGAAGCAAUAUGUCUCCCUCACCCAGCCUUCAGUCCGCUGAAGCCCCUCGUCUUUUCUAAAGCUGUGUUUUACUAUGUUGAAAUUUUACUGAAAAUGAAUAAAUUAUAGGUUUUAUGUGACACUUA